GGGGUUUCGAUCUCAGUCUAUCUAUUGUAAUUUACCUUUUUAUUAUCCAACAUUAGGGAUUUAGAGAUGGGUAAAUGGGUGGAAAUGGCUUUCAUAAUUUGGGUUUCUCUUAUUCACUAUUAUUUUAUUUGUUAUAAAUUUUAUUUUGCAUUUUGAAUUGACAGCAUCUUUUUGUGAGUUGGGUUUUGUUCAAUGAACAAGUUUGUUGGGACAAAGAUAAAAACCAUUUUGAAAUUGUUUUAUGAUUUUGGGUUUGGUUUUUGGCAUGAAGAUAGGUUUGGUGAAUGGGGAUUCAAACAAUGGGAUCUCAAAGUAAUGGCCAACAUAAUCAUGUACAACCAUGUCAAUUGACAAGGCAAAAUUCGUGGUAUAGCCUAACUUUGAAUGAAGUAGAAAACCAAUUAGGAAAUCUAGGAAAAUCCUUGGGGAGUAUGAACCUUGAUGAACUUCUUAAGAAUGUAUGGAGUACUGAAGCUAAUCCGUCCUUGGGGAUGGACAUUGAAAAUACUUCCUCAGCUUCUUCUCUCCAGCGCCAGGCUAGUCUAACAUUGGCUAGGGCGUUGAGCGGGAAGACUGUGGAUCAGGUUUGGAAAGAGAUUCAGCAGGGUCAGAAGAAGAGGUUUGGUCAGGACUUGAAAGGUCAGGAGGGGGAACCCCUACUUGGUGAAACAACUUUGGAGGACUUCUUGGUGCAAGCAGGCCUUUUUGCUGAAGCAUCAAUAAGUCCUUCUGUGGAAUUGAUAACUGUUGAUGGAGUGACUCCUCAAGGUUUCCCACAAAAAAUACUCUUGUCUUCAUCACCAUCAACUGGUACUUUAUCUGACACUACUACAUCAGGGCGGAAAAGGGAUGUACCAGAUGCUCUUGAGAGAAGUAUAGAGAGAAGGUUGAGGAGAAAAAUCAAGAACAGGGAAUCUGCAGCCCGUUCGCGAGCUAGAAAACAGGCUUAUCAUAAUGAACUGGUUAGCAAGGUUUCACGCCUAGAGGAGGAGAAUAAAAAGCUGAAGAAAGAGAAGGAAUUUGAGGAGAUGUUUCCCUGUGAACCUUCAUCAGAACUAAAAUACCAGCUUAGAAGAACGAGCUCCGGUUUGUUCUGAUAUUUGUAUCUGAUAUGAGGAGUUUUAUAGUUGGUCCAGUUGUAGUGCUAGCUUCUUGGGUCUUGAGGGGAAAACUAUACUUGCCCUCUACUAGGUUUUGGUUCCAUGUACAUUCAAAAUUAACUAUAUCUUCUUAUACGGCACAAAAUGUGCCAUGUUCAUAUGUUCAGUCAGGGUCUGCCUUGUUUUGCUUGCUAUCUGCAAAUGAAGCAACAAUUGGUUUUGUUCUCUGUUAAAGUUUUGAAAUAUUCAUAAAAGCCAUAUAAAAUUGUAGCGGA